UUUCUCUGAUACACAACACACACACCUCGUGCUCAAAGUGUCUCUGCAAAGACAACCCACAGGAGAGAGAGAGAGAGAGAGAGAGAGAGAGAGAGAGAGAGAGAGAGAGAGAGAGAGAGAGAGAGAGAGAGAGAGAGAGAGAGAGUGUCAUAUACACACACACAGAAGGGAAGGGGAGGGCAUCAGUCUGUUCUCAUCUCCUCUAGAUGUGGAUUGUAUCUUGUUUUCAACAUGGCAUCACAGCAGCAUGGAUAUCAAGCUCUUCUGGGAGAUCAGAUGGGCUUUAAGCAGAACGUGUCAUCUUCAUCAAAGCACCUCUGAGAUGGCCGUGCAUGCGUGCAGCUGCAGGCAGAAAUGCAUCAGGCUCUCUCAAGCAAACGGCAGCCUGCAGUGGGAGGUUGAUUGAGUGUGUAUGUGUGCAUGUGUGUGCGCGCUCGUGUGUGUGUGUUAAUUCAGACCCACAAAGCCCGGCAGGAGAGGAUCGCCACACAACGGCAAGAAUCUGACAAUGUUUCGCAAGAAGAAGAAAAAGAGGCCGGAAAUUUCAGCACCGAAAAACUUUGAGCAUCGUGUUCAUACCUCUUUUGAUGCCAAGCGAGGGGUCUUUGUCGGCCUUCCUACACAAUGGCAGAGUUUAAUAGAGAACCUCCGCAGACCCAAACCGAUGGUGGACCCAUCCCGAAUAACACCAGUGGAGCUCAAACCAAAGAAGACCAUCGUACGAGGCAGUAUGAUCGGCCACGGGGAUUACAUCUCCGCCAUGCUGUCAGACAUGAGCCGCCUGUCCGUCACCAGCUCCAACUCUCUGCGCAAGAGCAGCCCGUCUGCACGCAAGAGAGCUCAGUCGCUGGGUCGCCUGGGUGAGGUGAACGAAGGCGAGGGGUAUCAGUACGAAGGUCUGGAGCCCUCCCAGGAUGAGCCGGAAUCCGUCUGGGCCGACAGGUCACGGAACAUCCACAGCGAGAGCGGAACGCCGUACAUGGGUCUGAAGAGAAGCAUCACGCUCCAGCCCAACGGUGUGCUGCCCAGAGCCAAGUCCACUUAUGAGGUCAGCACGAGCUUCUUGGAGGGACCUCCGCCUCCUCCGUCUCUUCCGGCCCCUCCGCCACCCCCGAUCCAAAUCCCACAGCCUCCCAGAUCUGUGUAUCUUGGUGGAGAUGUGGGAAGUCCGACAGAGAGACUCAUGAUGAGAAGAGAGUUUCCCAUUGUGUUCUCCCACAACCACAGACCCAUUUCAUGUUUCUAUAGCCCUACAAUGCCCAUGCAUCAACCUCAUGGAGACAGCGGGGGUCUUACUCCUGAUAUGAGGACUUCUAACAGGUUACUGGUACACCCUCAAAACAGCCCUGGAAGACCGUUCUCCUCAUAUGACCUGAAGGCAGAUGCAGCCAUGAGACAUCAAGCGGGAUAUUUGCACAGCGGAACCAGCAGUCCACUCGUGAGAGGUCACAAAACCGUCCGCUCCUCCUCCAGCUACACCAUCGGACUCUCACCCAACAUCAGUUAUCGGCCCACGGGUCCAGACCCAUUUAUGAGACACUCGGGUUGCCCGAACCCAGGACUCUACCCCAGACAGGACAGCCCUUCCCAGCCCAGACCAUCACCCACCGGUUCCCUCGCCAACAGCCCUCCGGGAACCUGUUCCCCCGCGUUCAGACCCCCUCUGCACCCUUCACCGCGGCCCCCGCCCGAUCCUCCUAAAGUCACCCACGAGCAGUUUAAGGCAGCUCUGCAGAUGGUUGUAGAUAAAGGAGACCCUCGGUCAUACCUGGAGAACUUUGUGAAGAUUGGAGAAGGCUCGACGGGUGUGGUGUGCAUCGCCCGUGAGAAACACAGCGGUCGGGUGGUGGCCGUCAAGAUGAUGGACCUUAGGAGACAACAGCGACGGGAACUUCUGUUCAAUGAGGUGGUGAUCAUGAGAGACUAUCAGCACAGGAACGUGGUGGAGAUGUUUAAGAGUUUUCUUGUUGAGGAGGAACUCUGGGUCAUCAUGGAGUAUCUGCAGGGAGGAGCUUUAACAAACAUCGUUUCUGAAACCAGACUGAAUGAAGAGCAGAUCGCUACAGUAUGUGAAGCCGUCCUGCAGGCGCUGGCUUAUCUUCAUUCACAGGGCGUCAUCCACAGAGACAUCAAGAGUGAUUCAAUCCUGCUUUCACUGGACGGCAGGAUCAAACUAUCCGACUUUGGAUUUUGUGCCCAGAUCAGUAAGGAUAUCCCGAAGAGGAAGUCAUUGGUGGGAACGCCAUACUGGAUGGCUCCUGAGGUCAUUUCCAAGUCACCGUACGGCACUGAGGUGGAUGUUUGGUCUCUGGGGAUCAUGGUGGUGGAGAUGGUGGAUGGAGAACCUCCGUACUUCAGUGAAACCCCGGUGGCUGCGAUGAAGAGGCUGAGAGAUGAGCUGGCACCCAGCGUACGCAACGUUCAUCAGGUGUCCCCUGUGCUGAAGGAUUUCCUGGACCGGAUGUUGACCCGAGAUCCAUUAGAGAGAGCCAGCGCCACGGAUCUUCUGGAGCAUCCGUUUCUUCUUCAGGCCAGCUCUCCACAGUGUCUGGUGCCUCUAGUGGAGCAAUACCGCAAACGCAUGUCUCGCUGCUGAAGUUUCAGCGCCGGCUCAUUCGCAUGAAGUCCCCUGAGGGACCCUGACAGUGGAAAAUAAACAGAUGUGGCAAAGCAGAGGGCAUUUCCAGCUUAAUGUGAAAAACACUUUUUUCCCCAAAGGGGUCAGAAGUUUAAGGAAUGAAAUGUUCCUUCUCCUUGAGGACGUCUUAUUGGUGCUUAAACGGCAGCCAUUUUAGGAGGAAAUUGAUCAGUUGUGUGUUUAUUGAGAAGAGUCACUGGUUUUAUUUGAUGCUGCUCAUAUUUGAUGUGAAUCUGUGUCUACAGAGCCACAAAGACGUGAACAAUCUUCAUCCUCUGCCCUCAAAUGAGCACUCUGAUUAUAUAUUCAGAUUUUUGUUGGAAAGGUGUGUUGUAUCUUUUACAGUAGGCACCUGUAUUUUUACCAGAAUAAGCUGAUGGUUAUUUAAGACUGGAUUGCAUGUGCAAACAGUGGCACUCAAAGCUUGAAUCUUCAUGUAAAGAAAUCAAAUUAGUUUUCAUAAAAGACAGCAACAGUGAAAUGA